UUCUCCUCCACUCUCUCUCUCCCUCUCUCUCUCUCUGUCUGAACCUCAGAGCGCACUCUAUAAAACAUCCCUCCACACUGACGCUCAGAUCUACAAACACCUCCGUUCUCACCACAGCGCCUCCAAAAAAAAAAACCCACCCCAGUAGUCACUUGAACCCGUUUUAACAUCAGACAUCUGGCCCUCCUGAAUGAGCCUGAGAAGAUUCAUCUCUGCUCUCUCGCCUCAGGACCGCCUCCCUCACUCUUUAUUUCUCCUCAAGUUCGGCAGCUGAUACCGGUUCAGUCAGGAGGAGAUUUUGUCUUUUUCUCUCUUUUUCUUUUUUUCAAUUUUCUUUGCGGCUGAGAAGAUCAAGGACAGUUUGACAUGAGAGGAGACGCUUCACAAAGAGACAUGAAGACCACAUGUCUGUGGGCCGCCGCCGUGCUGCUGUCAGUCAUCUCUCUGGUCAGCAGUGCUGAUUCACCAAGUUCAGGAAAUUCAGACUUAAGAGAAAGCUCAAAAUCCAAAGUGAAGACCUACUGGACCGAAAGCAGCAAAGCCUUCUCCAUCAGCCGUCUGCUGUCCCAGACCCUCUAUGGCAAAGAGAACUUCACCUCUCUGGAUCUGAACUACGAUGAGGCAGACUCCUUCUCUAAACAGGAGCAGUGGAACUGGCUUUACAACGCUUCAAACCCCCGCGACCCUCGAUCCAGGACAAAAAGGAGGCCCAUCGUCAAGACCGGCAAGUUCAAGAAGAUGUUCGGUUGGGGUGACUUUCAUUCUAACAUCAAGACGGUGAAGCUCAACCUUCUUAUUACUGGUAAAAUCGUGGAUCACGGUAACGGGACAUUUAGCGUCUACUUCCGUCAUAACUCGACCGGUCAGGGCAACGUGUCCGUGGGACUUGUUCCUCCGACCAAAGCUGUGGAGUUCCAGGUCCACCAGCCGCACCAGCAGUACCACCACCAUCACCACCAGCAGCAGCAGACGGCUCUGGAGACCAAGGACACCAAGUUGUUCAACUGCAGGGUGGAGUAUGAGAAGGUGGAGAAGGGCACCAGGAACUCACUGUGUGCCCAUGACCCCUCGCAGAGCUGCCCACAGGAGCAGACCCAGAGUCACGUGUCCUGGCUGUGCUCCAAGCCCUUCAAAGUCAUCUGCAUCUUCAUCACCUUCUACAGCACCGACUACAAGCUGGUGCAGAAGGUGUGUCCAGACUACAACUACCACAGUGACACCCCCUACCUCCCCACCGGGUGAUCAGGUGACCAGACAAGGGAAAAAAAAAAAAAAAAAAAAAGACACAGAGACAGGCUGUCGGGUCCUGAGCGAUGUCAGAUUAUUUGAAUGAAAAUGGAGUCAAGACACUUCAAACUUGAAAUGUUGACAAGCAUUAUUACAGCUAA